AUGCCUCCAAGGAAAAAACAAAUUAAAAAACAGAUACCAUCAUCAACAAAAUCUAAGUCUAAAUCUAAAUUAAAUCCAAAUCCAAAUCCAAAUUCAAAUAAUAUACUUAAUCACAAUAUUUAUACUAUAAACAAUAACGAUUCAACUUAUAGUAAUGAUUCCACCAAUAAUAAUAUUUCACAAAUCAAUAAUAAUAAACCAAUAAAUAAAAUUUCAAGAAUAUUAUCAAAAUCUAGAAAUUUAAGGGCAAACUCGAAUUCAAAUUCUUUUUUGAAUAACUCAAGCUUUAACAAUACUCUUAAUAAUUCUAUAAAUAACAAUACAACACCUUUAGAAUUCUCUCAUUUAAAAAAAGACGAUGAUGGUUUUUCCUUUACAAUACUACAAAAUUUGAAUACAAACAGAAUUUUAGAAGACAUUGAUGAAAUCAACUCGGAUUUAGAUUUAGAUUUAAAUAAUAACAAUACCAUUACUAACAAUGAUUUAAUACCUAAUAAAUUACCCAAUAAAUUACCCAAUAAUAUCACAACAAUAGGGAAUAAUAAUAACACUAAAAAAAAAGGUAGAGCAAUAAGAUCAAAGAUACAGCAACAAACAAAUAUUAUUCCAGAUUCUGUCUUAUUUCCAAAAACUAAUAAUAACAACAGUAAAAUACUGAAGAAAAAAAAUACUAGGAAAACAACUCAAAAAAACACUCAAAAAAAUACUCAGAAAAAUACUCAGAAAAAUAAUAACUUGAUACAGAACAAAAUACGAAAUGAUAUUCUGGAUAUUGAUAACUUUGAUAAAUUACCUGAGGAAAAAACCUCAAAAUCAACUGCAAAAAAUUAUAUACACAUAAUUGACGAUAUAGAUGACAUAAUUGAUACUUUAUCUCUUUCCGAUUUUGAUUCAAUUUCAGACUUAGAUAAAAAUUCAAAUCCAAAUCCAAAUCCAAAUUUAAAUUCUAAAUUAUCCACCAAUAAUCAAACCCAGAAAACCAAUGGGAAAUCCAGAAAUGGAAAAACGGAUACUGAAAAAUUAACAAAUGGGAAAUCAAUCAAAAGACCUAUCUCUAAUUCUAAAUCUAAAUCUAAAUUGAAAACAAAUGGUUUCAUCAAUUCAAAUUUAGAUCCAACCCAAAAUGAUGAUUUUUCCAUCAUUUCAAAUAACAAUCAAAAAAAAAAUAAAAGAAAAAUAAAAGAAAUAACUCCUGAACAAGCAACAAUUGAAGAAAUUGAUCAAAAAGACGACUCUUUAAUAGUAAUAGAAAAACCUUUAAAAAGAUCAAGAACCAAAAUAAAGACAUCUCAAGAUUUAAAACAGAAAGCUAAUGGGAAUUUUAAACGAGUUUUAAGAAAGGAAAAACCCGAAAAUAAAAUUGAUAACUUUAAUAAAAAUCCUCCAAACAAAAAUAAAAAUGGAUUUCAGAAUCAUUCGACUGCAAAUUCCUUUAAAUUAAUUAACUCCUACGACGAUAAUAACCAAAUUGUUAAAAAAAUUCGUCGUAACAGUUCAUAUUUAGAAAUUGAAUCUAUUGAAAAGCAAAAACUUCAAAUUUCUGAAUCUCCAAUACGGCGUGUUGGUGUAAACAAAAAUAUUAGUGAUAAGAAAAAAUUAAUCAAGAAAAGAAGAUCUUCACUUAGUAAUAGAGGCAAAAGAACUUCUUCAAUUGGAAAUGGUUUUGUUGCUACUCCACAUGAAGAUAUCGAGCCAAACUAUUUUUUUAAACAUUUUGAUUUAUCUUUGCCUAUACCUCAUCAAAUGAGACAGCUACUUGUAUGGUGCUUUAAAAGACAAUUAUAUAUUGAAAAUAAUACCAUCAUGCAGUCAAAUGAAAGACAAAACAAAACUAGCACUGGUAUUAGUACUACUGAGAAGAUAUCAAAUAACAUUGCAAAAGUAAUCAAAGAUGAAAUCAUCAAGUCCUUAGUAGACGGAACAAUAAAUACAUCUUGGUGGAAUAGAGAUCUUAAUGACGACUCAGAUAAAAGUGAAGACAAUCAAAAGGAUUUUGAAGAGAAAUCUAACAAUUCAAAAAAUAACGUAAAAGUUGUCGCUAAUGUUCAAAAUAUAAUGAAUAAAUCUAAUUUGAAAAUAUUCUUGAAAAAAUUGGAAAUUCUACAAAAAGAGAAUAAAUUGUGGGAUGACCUUUACAGCCAGUAUGUUGAAAAUGAUAUCAAUUUUAAAAAUACUAAGGAAUAUAAUGUCAAUUUGGACAAAUUAGGAAAAGAAAUUGAAAAUAAUAAAAUAAAAAAAGCAUUUAAAGAUAUUGAACAAGAAAAGAUCAAAAUUGAUGACGAGGUGAAUACAAUUAUACUAGACUUGGAGAAAUCUUCAUUUGAUAAAAUAAAUGUUGAUAAUAAUAUCCUACACAAUAAAGAAGAAGAUAAAGAUAUAAUUGAAACAUUAGAAAAUGCUAAGAUAAGUAAAAUUGAAAGUACAUUCAAUUAUACUAAAAAUAAUUUUGAAAAUAAUAUCAUGCAAGUAAUUGAUAAUCUAAAUGAUUUUUCUUUGAAACUACAUUCAAAUGACAAGUUAUUAAGAUUGUUUAAUCAAAAUAAGAUAAAAACUUUUUCUAAACUUGUAAAUGAUUAUAUUAGUCAUAUUAAUGUGGACAAAGAUUUGAUUUUGAAAAAAAAUAACAAUCAAGAAUUUGAAAAUAUAAAUGGCAAUAAUAAAAACAGUCAAAUGGAUAUUGAAGAUGAAGCAAUUCAAAGAAAAAUUAAUGAAAUGAAGCAUUUAGAUAGCAUUGACUUAUUGAAAGCAAUAUCAAGAAUUGGUGAAAAUUAG